AUGGGAGGCUGCACGAUUAGAGACUAUGACACCAUCACAUCUUUCCUUGGAUCAUGGGGACCUUUCCAGCAAAGACUUUUUUUGGCCCUGGCUGUCAGCAUAUUCCCCAAUGGGUUUAUUGGCGUUUACAUAGUAUUUGUAGGUGAUACCCCACCUCAUGAGUGUACAAUCCCAGAAAACUAUAGCAUCAGUGAGAUGUGGAGGAAUGUGACGAUCCCAUUGGAGACUGCUGACGGCAUCACAAAGCGUAGCUCGUGCUCGAGGCUUAAUCUGGAGCUUGUCAGGGAGUACUCUCAAAGUAAUCUAAUCCCAGAUGUAGAUGUGAAUGUGAGUCAGAUUCCUUUGGAGCGUUGUCUGGACGGAUGGACGUACAGCAAAGAAAUCUACCAGUCCACCAUUGUCACAGAGUGGGACUUGGUCUGUGACAACGCAUACAAAGUUCCAUUGACCAACUCUAUUCAUUACGUGGGUGUGCUGGUGGGAGCGUUUAUCUCAGGCCAGUUGUCUGACAGAUUUGGAAGGAGACCUGCACUUUUCUUCAUGAUGUUUCUUCAAACUUUGUCGAUCACAGCGCAGAUUUUUUCCCCAAGUUGGGAGAUAUUCACCCUUAUUUUCUUCUUUGCUGGUGCUGGAGGAUUCUCCAACUAUAUUAUUGCAUUUGUACUAGGUACAGAAACUUUAAGCCCAAAAGCCCGUGUGGUCUUCGGUUCCCUUGGUGUUUUCAUGAGCUCAGCUAUUGGGUACCUGGUGAUGCCUGGUGUGGCUUACUUCAUCCGAGAAUGGCAUAUGUUACUGAUUCCCAUGGCUGCCUCUGGCCUGAUCUACAUCCCUCUGUGGUGGUUAAUACCAGAGUCUCCUCGCUGGCUGUUCUCUGUUGGAAGAAUAAAGGAGGCAGAGGCCAUACUGAAAGAUGCUGCAAAGAGGAAUAAAGUUGAGGUCCCACAGCCUAUUUUUACAAAAGAUGAGGUUGAAGAUGCGUUGGCCACAAAAAACAAGAAGUACAACAUUUUGGAUAUCUUGAGCAACUGGAACCUGUUUUUUCUAACUUUACUCUGCUCUCUACUGUGGAUUGUCAUUACCAUUAGCUACUACGCGCUACUCCUAAACACCUCAAACCUACAUGGUGACCCAUACAUGAACUGCUUCCUAUCUGCUUUGACAGAGGUCCCAGCUUAUAUUAUUGCCCUGGUGCUUCUAAAGUUCUGCUCCAGACACAUCUGCCAGUCAUCGACACUCUUCGUCGGUGGUGUUAUGAUCCUCUGUGUUCACCUUAUUCCAAUAGAUUUACCAGCUAUAGCCGUACUCCUUGAGAUGUUGGGGAAGUUUGGUAUCACGUCUGCAUUUUGUGUGGUGUACGCUGUCUCAUCGGAGAUCUUCCCUACUGUUAUCAGAAACACAGCGAUGGGAUGUUGCUCUAUGGCUGCUCGCAUUGGCACAAUCAUUUCCCCUUUUAUCAUUUACUUAGGUCAAUAUUACAAGUCUCUCCCAUACAUACUGAUGGGUGGUCUGGCUAUUUUUGGUUCCACUGUAUGUCUGAUUCUUCCAGAGACAUUUGGAAAGCCUUUGCCUGAAAAUAUGUCACAAAUGCAAAUGAUAUGCAGGAGAAGACGACAAAAAGAAGAUGCUGAAUGUGGAAACAGCACAUCUGAUUAUUCAAAUAAAGAAACCAAGAUGUAGUUAUUGUUAUGUUAAUAACUGUUUUUGUACUGUACAUACUGUGA